AUGACGCCGCCACAAUUUGGAAACCGCGAGCUGAUUCGCAAACAGUUCACUGCUCAGAAGAUGACGUUCCACAUCCUCUUUUGGGCAUUUCACUUUGGCAUCUUUGCUUAUGGAUGGUACAAACAAGCUGCCGAUGCUCGACUCGCCGGCCUGAACACCUUGAAGUACUCUGUCUGGAUCUCUCGCGGAGCCGGGUUGGUGCUUAGUGUUGACGGAAUGCUAAUUCUUCUGCCUGUUUGCCGCACUCUUAUGCGCUGGCUUCGGCCCAAAAUUCACUUCCUACCUCUCGACGAGAAUCUUUGGUUUCAUAGACAGCUAGCCUAUGCUUUGCUGGUCUUUACCACUUUCCACGUCGCCGCCCACUACGUCAACUUCUUCAACGUCGAGCAGACACAGAUCCGUCCCGUUAGCGCUCUCCAAAUCCACUACGCCCAGGCAGGCGGCAUUACUGGCCAUGUCAUGUUGCUGUGUAUGCUUCUCAUGUACACGACUGCUCAUUCUCGUAUCCGCCAGCAGUCAUUCGAAACCUUCUGGUAUACUCACCAUCUUUUCAUUCCCUUUCUGCUGGCUCUGUACACACACACCGUGGGAUGCUUUGUGCGUGAUUCGGUCGAUGCCUUUUCACCAUUCGCCGGAGACGCAUACUGGACGCACUGCAUCGGUUACCUUGGUUGGCGUUGGGAGUUGUGGACUGGUGGCUUCUACCUAAUUGAGCGUCUUUACCGUGAAAUCCGGGCUCGUCGGGAGACUCAAAUCACCAGGGUCAUUCGCCACCCUUACGACGUCGUUGAACUUCAGUUCAACAAGCCAUCGUUCAGGUACAAGGCCGGCCAGUGGCUCUUCAUUCAGGUUCCGUCCAUCUCAAAGUACCAGUGGCAUCCAUUCACCAUCACGUCCUGCCCCUUCGAUUCAUACGUGUCUAUCCACGUGAGACAAGUUGGAGACUUCACUCGAGCUUUGGGUGACGCAACCGGUGCUGGUAGUGCCCAAAACAAACUCUACGAGGAGAUCGACCCCAUGGGCAUGUACGAGGUUGCUCUGCAGAACGGACAGAAGAUGCCCGGCCUGCGAAUCGACGGACCCUACGGAGCACCCGCCGAAGACGUCUUCGACAACGAAAUCGCCGUGUUGAUUGGUACCGGCAUCGGUGUCACUCCCUGGGCGGCCAUCUUGAAAAACAUCUGGCACCUUCGAAACUCUCCCAACCCCCCUGCUCGACUUCGCCGUGUCGAGUUCAUAUGGGUUUGCAAGGACACUGGCUCGUUCGAGUGGUUUCAGACACUGCUGUCGUCGCUGGAAGAGCAGUCCAACGAGGCUGCCCGCAUCCCUGGAAGCUCGGGGGUUGAGUUCCUCAAGAUUCACACCUAUCUCACCCAGAAGCUCGACAUGGACACGACGCAAAACAUCGUCCUCAACAGCGUCGGCGCCGACACGGACCCGCUCACCGAACUCAAGUCACGGACGCACUUUGGUCGUCCUGAUUUCAAGAGGCUUUUCAGCACUAUGCGAGAUGGUAUUCUCAACAGGACAUACCUGAGCGGUCUGGAGGGAAACCUGCGGACUACAGUGGGCGUCUAUUUCUGUGGUCCCUCCGCGGCUGCUCGUGGUAUCAAGUCGGCCUGCAAGGCUGCCACCGCACGAGAGGUCAACUUUAGGUUCUGGAAGGAGCAUUUCUGA